CUUCGCGUGGCGCAAAACCGAUGGGUCACUAAAUUGGUGCCAGCAGAGACACCGACAGGAGAGAUACACGCUGCUCGCUUCUGAGCAGAGCAUCCGGUGAGACGCAGAGAAGGAACACACUCAGGCAGAAAAGAGCACACAUACAGGCAUAGAGCCCUUCAAGCCGGCAAGAUCACGUAGACAAAAAGACAGCAAUAGUGAGUGCUGCAUGCUUGGCUGCCCCUGGCGGUCCUAUCUGCCGGCUCGUAUGCACUCCCGCGCAGCUCAAGACGCCUCCGUACGCAAGCCUACCGCUCACUCUCUCGCUCGCACAUGCAAUGCAGCCCCCUCUCAAAUGUGUGCAUGGCUGUGCAUUCAGGCCUGCUGCCCCUCAAGUGCUGCCCGCCACUUCGCCAGCAGCAGGCUGCGGCCGUAUCUUUGUGGAUGUCUUGGCCUGCCGUUUGACCUCUUCUCUGCUCUUCGCGACCUGGGACUUGCCGUCGCCCGCACGACACCCGAAUAUUGCCCAAGAUUGCCCACUUCUCACCCUUCAGCCAUCAGCAGUGGGAACUGAUGACCUGCACCACACACAGACAGAUCAAACAUGUCUUCACUGGAUGGAUGGAUGGAUGGAUGGAUGUGGUGGCUCACUGACUGACCACAUGGCGUCUUGUUGGCCGCCGAUGAGCUACCAGCAGCAGCGGCAGAUGAGGAGGCCGCCAUCACCGAACCAACACGCCUGCAGUGAUUGAUGAGCCGACAAGACACGGAGAGAGGUGCACAGAUGUGUCAACGCAUUGAGGUGACUGAACGGGUCAGGGAGUGUGUGGCCUCCCUCUCAACUCUGCUAUCUGUCAGCUGAGCGGCCCGCCAUCCCACCACAUCAGUCGACAGGGCGGCGGUGUGACGGAUGACUCCGCUGAUUCGCUAAGCCGUUCUCUCAGCCGAAUGCCCCACACUCCCCAAUGCACAGCUGUCCGAAAGGAGAAAAGGCCGCCAAGGACUCGUAGGGCUCAGGGUUUAAACCCUACCCUGUCACCCUCUUCAGCGCCCUGCCCCACCCCGGGUCUGCCAAUUGGCUCCUUGUCAGCCUUGGUCACGGCCCACUGCACGAGAUCUGUCAGCUGUCCCCUCUCUCUGUCGGCACACAGGCGGCUGCUGGCGGCACAGGCAGGUGCGCAAUUGAGGCGGACGUCAUGCACACGGUGGGCACGUGACACGCCGAGAUGAUGCAUGUGCUGUCUGGACGGUUGGUGCUUGGAUCUGUGUGUGGUGUGCUGCAGACGUCGUGCUGUGUGUGAGGUGCAGAGCGGUGUGACAAAGGAGUGAGGGCACUCCAACAACUG